AAUGAUUGCAGUAGCAUCUUUCGUUAUCCUUUUAACUUCAACUAUAGUCUAUGUAAGAAAGUUUUGGCUAAAAGAAAAGAAAAUUGAUACUACUGGAAAAAUUGUUUUGAUCACCGGUUGCGAUAGUGGUUUUGGUCUUGCUAGCGCUCUCAGACUACAUGAUAUAGGGUUAAGACUAAUUGUUACUUGCUUAAAUAACGAUAGCGUCGGAGCAAAACAACUGAAGAAGCUAUCAAACACGGACGUAUACAUUUUAAAUUUACGUAAUUGUACCGAAAUUGAAAAAUUCAUUAUUCAAUUGAAGGAUACUUUUAAAGGCGGAAUUUGGGCUAUAGUUAACAAUGCCGGAAUUGGAACUCCAGGAGAAUUACUUUCUAUGUCGGUCAAGCACGCUAAGAACAUAUUUCAAAGGUCAUCGUUUCGUAACGCAGCUAUUCAACUGUGGAAUGAUUUAGAAGACGAAAAGCGAAGCUUAUACAAUGAACAGGAUUUUUUUAAAAGAUUCGAAAAUAUGGCAACUAAUAUGGAUAAAGUUUCGGAGAUCAAUUUAAAUCCUGUAAUAGAGGCUAUUGAAAAUGCCGUAACAUCGCUUAAUCCCAAAAUAAGAUAUCCGGUCGGUAAAGGGGCCAGAAUUUUUAACAUUGUUUAUAGCUCUUUACCAGUUAACUUGCAAUUUAAAUUGCGAAAAUUUACGUCGACGACAAGAAAUUAA